AUGUCCAACUUCGUCGCAUCCCGCUCAGUCCCCUUCGUGACCCGCGUCGCCGGCCGUCAUGCGAAGGACAUCAUCGCCCGCGACAGGGCCAGAGCGCAGAAGAUCCUGCAGGGCAUCAACCCGCACGGUCCUGCUGCCUUCCAUGAGCUGCGUCGGCGCCGUCACCACGGUCGCCACGGCCACGGCCAUGGCGGCGGAGACAUCGGCACUGGCACUGGCACUGGUAGCAGUGGUACUGGCAGCACCGGGGCCGCCCCGCCCACCUCGACGCCUGGCGGAGGUGUCGAUGUCACCGACGCUGGUGUUACCUACACCGCGUCUGUCGGUGUCGGCUCCCCGCCCACACAAUACACACUUCUCAUUGACACUGGGAGCUCCAACACCUGGGUUGGUGCCGGUCAGGCUUACAAGAAGACCAGCACCAGCAAGAGCACCGGGCAGAGCGUCAACGUCAGCUACGGCUCCGGCUCUUUCUCCGGUACCGAGUUCACCGACACUGUCACGAUCUCGUCCGACCUCGUGAUCCAGAACCAGAGCAUCGGCGUCGCCUCAACUGCCCAGGGCUUCAGCGAUGUUGACGGCAUCCUCGGCAUCGGGCCUGUUGACCUCACCCAGGGCACCGUCGGGAGCAACCAGCCCGUGCCGACCGUGACGGACAACCUCUUCGCGCAGGGCACUAUCGCCAACGACUCGAUCGGCAUCUUCUACCAGCCGACCACCGACAGCGGUGCUCUCAACGGCGAGCUCACCUUCGGUGGUGUCGACACUAGCAAGACCACCGGCGACGUGAGCUUCGUCCCGAUCACCUCGACCUCGCCCGCGUCCCAGUACUGGGGCAUCGACCAGGAGCUCACCUACGGCCAAGACACGACGCUGCUCUCCGGCUCCGCGGGCAUCGUCGACACCGGCACGACGCUCCUCCUGAUCGCGACGGACGCGUUCCAGGCGUACCAGAAGGCGACGGGCGCAAAGCUCGACAACACGACCGGACUGCUCACGAUCACCGAGGCGCAGUUCGAGAACCUGCAGUCGCUGUUCUUCAACAUCGGCGGCACGUCGUUCGAGCUCACGCCGAACGCGCAGAUCUGGCCGCGCGCGCUCAACUCGACGAUCGGCGGCGAGGAGGGCAAGAUCUACCUCGUUGCGUCCGACCUGGGCAACCAGAGCGGGCAGGGCCUUGACUUCAUCAACGGCUUUGCGUUCUUGCAGCGCUUCUACAGCGUGUACGACACCGGCAACAACCAGGUCGGCCUCGCGACGACGCCGUUCACCGACGCUGAGACGAACUGAGCGAUUGGUACGGCAUGACUUCUAUACGGCUAUCGACCUUCUGGACGGACAACUAUGGACUUCUUGCAUGACUUACGUAGCGAUGGUGUACUGUAGUGGAAUGAACGUGGACAGAUCAAUGUAUGUUUAGCACACACGUAGCACCGCCGAACGGAAUAAGAAC